AUGGGACCAAAGCGGUCGAAGAACGCCUACCGGCGGGCCCAGGCGAAAAAGCGAAAGCUUGAAGCCACUAGCGUGCCUACUAAGGAUACAAAACAAACCCCAGUGGAAGCCAUCAGUGCUGAGCUGGCUCAAUCUGACGCUGCUUCCUCCAAACCUUCCGAACCGCUCGAAUCACUUGCCAUUGAUGAAGACGAAUUAUACGAACAAUUUGCGGGUGUAUUUAAGAGGUUCAAACCAGCUGAAACUUCCCAAGCUAUGGUAGUUCGUGAAGAGCCCGAAGAAACAUCCUCUGCUGAUGAUACGAAUGAUCAUCAAGAGGACAAACAAAUUGAGGAAGAGCCGACUAAAUUGCUGAAGCGACAGCAACGAAAACAAAACCGCGUGUCAUUGGCUGAUCUCAAGCUUUCCACGAGAUUUCCCCAGUUAGUUGAAGCGACCGAUGCCGAUGCUCCGGACCCUUAUUUGCUGGUCAAGUUCAAAACGCUUCCUAAUGCUGUCCCCGUACCAAGCCACUGGAAGAGCCGAAAGGGAUUCCUUACUCGGAAAGGCAUUGACCGCAUGCCAUUCAAGCUUCCCCAAUAUAUUGCUGAUACCGGGAUUAUGGAAAUGAGGCAUGACCCGCUGGAACUGACGCUCAAACAGCAACAGCGAAGCCGGGUACAAGUGAAGCUUGGUCGACUCGACAUUGACUACAAUAAGCUUCACGAUGCUUUUUUCAAAUUUCAGUUUGAGUCUCCCCCUCGCCUAUACAAAUUUGGUGAUGUGUACAGCGAUACACGAGAUGAGUCGACACUAUCCGAUGCUACAAUUCAGACCUUCCGACCCGGGGUGGUCAAUCUGGAACUCCGCAAAGCUUUGGGUAUGCCUGAAAACGACAUGAGUUUGCCGCCGCCAUGGAUUAGCGUGAUGAGACAAAUCGGUAAGCCGCCUGCGUAUGCUUAUCACCAGAUACCUGGGAUUGAUGGUGAAUACAAUAAUCGUGGUUAUCAGGAGCGACAAAAGAAAGGCAAGCUUGGAAACUACGGUGAGAAAUGGGGGGUGUUGGCAUUGGUGGAGUCCCUGGAGGACGAGGACGACGAUGAAAGUGAAGACGAACAAGAAGAGGAAGAAGACGAAAAUGGUCAGGAAUCCAAUGACAAAAACAAUUCCAAACCUGAUACCAAGGUCAAUGCUGAACCAGUGGAGAGAGUUGAAAUCACAUCGAUGGACGCAAGACCCAAUGCUGACUCCAAUAAAAGCUUCUACACUGUGGUCAAUGAGAAGAAAAGCUUAACCGAAGUUCUCCGCGAACAAACUGUUGAGCACCAACAAAGUGAACCUAAGCCCGAAAAGAAGAAGCCGAAGCUGGAUAUUACUGACUUCAAAUUUUGA